AUGACUUUUACUCUCGUCACGAGCGGCAACAGAGGCAUUGGUCUCGCAAUUGUCAAGGUGCUGAGCGCCAGACUCUCAGCCCCUUCGAUUGUUAUCGGUUGUAGAGAUAUUAUAUCAGGAAAGAAGGCCAUACAAGAGCUUCGGACGGAAGGAGUUACGGUGCACCUCGACCAUGUCGAGCUAGACAUUGAGAACGAUGACUCGAUCCGGGAGGCUGUGGCGACUGUUAGUCAAAGAUACGGCAAGCUCGAGUUCCUCGUCAACAAUGCAGCACGAGUGACACAGCCCGAGCCGGACAGGCUCGAGGACGUUCGCCGGGCCGCCAACGAGGUGUUCAACAACGGCAUCACGUCCAACGAAGUCAUCACACGCGCGUUCCUGCCAUUACUUCGCAAGUCCCCCUCGCCGCGGGUGAUUAUGGUCUUGAGCGCGCGCGGCAGCAUCGGCAUGACCGCUGCCAGAGAGGUAAUUGCCAGCCCUGCCCCAGCCCUGUUGCGCCCGGAUCUUGCUAAUGAAGAUGACAAGUUGCCCCCUGCUGCGGUGGUGAGCUACUGCUUGAGCAAGGCGGCGCUCAACAUGCUGAUGGUGCAUCUGCAGCGGGAGCAGGACCGCAGGGCCGGGAAGGAUACGGCCAUGGUCGAGUUCUGGGCUGUCAGCCCGGGACACUGCCCGACCACUUUCUAUAGGUACAGAGGGAGCAGGGACCCGGAGGACGGCGCAGAAGUGGUGGCUAGGCUUCUAGAGGCAGAAAAGGGGGAGUUUGAAGCUGGCACAUUUUGGCGGUGGGAGGACGGGGAGAUGAAGCGGGUAAAGUGGUAG